GGCAGAGGAGACACUGCAUAGACCCAAAACAAUGGCACAAACGCCACAGCAGCAGAAUGCGCGGAGCUCAUUCCAGAGCUUCUUCGAGGGAUGGCUUUCGCGCCAACAGAGCUUCCUCGAUCAGCUCCUCACUCUCUCCCUCGCCCCCGACUCUCCCCUCAAAAUGGAGCAACAGAGUGCCCUCAUUGACCAAGUUCUCUUCCACUACCAGCAAUACUUUCAAGAGAGAUCCCGACUCGCCGACGAUGUCUUCCUCCUCUUUUCCCCGACCUGGUUAACUUCUUAUGAGCGAGCUCUGCUCUGGAUUGCGGACUAUAAGCCUUCCCUGGUGCUUCAUCUGGUGGACGGCGCCGUGGACGGUUUAUCGCCGGAGCAGAAGGCGAUGCUGGAGCGAGUGAAGGACGAUACCAGGAGGCAAGAAAGGGUCGUGACGGGAGCAAUGGCGAGCGUUCAGGAGAUCCCAGGAGGACCGUCAAUGCUGCAAUUGGCGAGGCGAGUGGGGAGGCUGAUCGAUGGGGAAGUUGAUGAGCUGGACACCGCACUGGAAAUGCUGAAGAAUGCGAUGAGGGAGGUAUUGGAGAGGGCCGACGAGCUGCGAGUGUCGACGUCGAGGAAGGUGGUAGAAAUACUGAGACCGUCGCAGACGGUGCAGUUUCUGGCGGCGGCGGCUCAGUUUCAGCUUGGCGUAAGGAGUCUCGGGAAGCGGUUGGACUCGCGGUUCAGAGCGGGUCAAGCUUCUUCACUCUAAUAAUU